UGCGCUCGAGUCAGGCUGCACCUAUCUGCACCUUAUCGAGCCAGGGCUAUCGACCAGUGGCUGCGACCGUCCCACGCACGUUAUUUACGAGGGCAAACCGCUCUUUCUCCCAUACCACCAUCUCCCCACCCACCCGCCGUCUGCAGCACACCAUGGCCCAGUCAGUCACCAUCAGCGUAGCGAGCACGGGCCGCAAGAUCACAGUCCCUACCGGCCUCUUCAUCAACAACGAAUUCGUGCCUUCUGUUGACUCAAAGGAGACGAUUGAGUGCAUCAACCCCGCCACGGAAGAGGUGAUAUGCUCCAUCAUCGCAGGUUCCGAGAAGGACAUCGACAUCGCCGUCGCCGCUGCUCGCAAGGCGUUCAAGACCACUUGGGGCAAGAACGUCACCGGCUUUGAGCGUUCGCGCCUCAUCAACAAGCUCGCCGACCUCAUCGAGCGCGAUGCACAGGAACUUGCCGAGCUCGAGGCCCUGAACAACGGGAAGCCCGUCAAAAUCGCCCGCGACUUCGACAUCGGCGACAGCGUUGCGUGUCUGCGCUACUACGCCGGGUGGGCGGACAAAAUCCUCGGACAGUCGCUCGAGGUCGACAACAAGACCAAAUUCGCGUUCACCCGCCACGACCCGAUUGGUGUCUGCGGCCAGAUCAUCCCAUGGAACUACCCUAUCAACAUGUGGUCAUGGAAGGUCGCGCCCGCCCUCGCUUGCGGCUGCACCAUUGUCAUGAAGCCGUCGGAAAUUACGCCGCUCACCGCUCUCAAACUCUCCGAGCUGGUCGUUGAGGCUGGAUUCCCUCCCGGUGUCAUCAACACCGUCCCUUCACUUGGAUCGGUCGGCGGCGCUGCGCUCUCGUCGCACCAGGACGUCGACAAGGUCGCCUUCACGGGCAGCACCGUCACCGGCCGCAGGAUCAUGGAGGCCGCAGCGAAGAGCAACCUCAAGAAGGUCAGCUUGGAGCUCGGUGGCAAGUCCCCCAACAUCGUCUUCGAGUCUGCGGACCUUGACCAAGCUGCGAACUGGGUCGGUCUCGGCAUCCUGUACAACACUGGCCAGGACUGCACGGCGGGCUCGCGUCUCUUCGUCCAGGACACGAUUUACGACAAGUUCAUCGCGAUUGUCGUGGAGAAGUUCAAGCAGAUGAAGAUCGGAGACGGCUUCGACGAAGCGUCAGGUGGAGGCCCUGUCGUUUCGAAGAUGCAGUACGACAAGAUCUUCUCGUUCAUCGAGUCAGGAAAGCAGGAGGGCGCCAAGGCGAUCCUCGGUGGCGAGAAGCGUCCUGGAAAGGGCUACUUCGUCGACCCGACUAUCUUCGUCGACGUUACCCCCGAUAUGAAAAUCGUUCGCGAGGAGAUCUUCGGGCCUGUGCUCUCGGUCGCGAAGUUCAAGACGGAGGAGGAGGUGAUCGAAAUUGCGAACGACACAGCGUACGGUCUCGGGGCUGGCCUGCACUCGAAUGAUGCGAACCAGUGCAUGCGCGUCUCGCAGGCGCUCGAGGCCGGUACGGUCUGGGUGAAUCAGUACAACCUCCUCAACAACAACGUGCCCUUUGGCGGCAAGAAGCAGAGCGGUAUCGGCCGCGAGCUGGGCAGCUACGCGCUCGAGGAGUACACGUCCGUCAAGGCCAUCCACUGGAACUACGGCGAGAAGCUUGACUGGCCGCUGUAAACGCCGCCUCCCCAUCUUGAGAAGACGCCGCGAGCCGUGCUCCGACGGCGGUGAUCAUUGUCGAGGGAUGAAAGAAGCUGAAGGCAGCUGCGAAGCAAAGAGAAGAAGUGUACGAGUACUUGGGUGGCACUGUGUCAACAACGUGCUUAAGAAUACCACGGGGUCGAAUCUCCAACGCACGAACGUGUUCCGACGGUCUACAUAUUCCAUGGCCCCGUCGAGAUGUCGCCUCGAUAACGCUGCAAAUUCCUGUUGGUCGCGACGCACGCCCACGAUCUUCCUCCACACACCGGCGACGGGGGUGAUGACAAGGUCAGGGGAUCGAGUGCGUUAUCGCCGGACGCCCACCGUUAGGCUCAGCGCUCAGCAAGGUUCCGCUGCACCCCCGCCGCUCGACGUCGCCUUCACACGUUACACGGUGCCCGAACGACCGCAGCUUGCAGCAAUAAAUCUAGAUCGCG